AUGGAUUCUUCUAGAGUGUCAACAUUUCUUAUUUCAAUUCUUUUAAUUGUCUACGGCAGUUUCAGAUCAUUGAAUAUGGAAGAAGAAGCCAGAGAAAGAGAAAAAGAAAAAGAGCAUAAUAAACAAUUGUCUGGAUUAUCGAAUAGUCAAUCCAGAACGGAAGGUGUUCAAACUCUGGACACAAUUCAAGCUCUUUGCUUGCCUUUGGGGGCAUCAAUAUCAUUAUUAAUUAUGUUUUUCUUUUUUGAUUCAAUGCAAAUGCUAUUUGCCAUUUGCACAGCAAUUAUAGCCACUGUUGCAUUGGCAUUUUUAUUACUCCCAAUGUGCCAGUACAUAAUCAGACCAUGUUCAGAUGGAAACAAAAUUUCAUUUGGAAUUUGUGGUAGAUUUACUGGUGCAGAAUUAUUGUCAUUUUCAUUGGCAGUUUUUAUUGUUUGCAUUUGGAUAUUAACCGGGCAUUGGAUUUUAAUGGAUGCAAUGGGAAUGGGACUUUGUGUUGCUUUCAUUGCAUUCGUUAGAUUACCCAGUUUGAAAGUAUCAACUCUCCUACUCACUGGACUCCUCAUAUAUGACGUUUUUUGGGUAUUUUUUUCUUCAUACAUUUUCAACGCCAAUGUCAUGGUUAAGGUGGCAACUAGGCCAGCUGAAAAUCCGGUGGGAAUGGUGGCAAGACGUUUGCAUUUGGGGGGCGUUGUCAAAGAUGCACCCAAAUUAUCAUUGCCUGGAAAACUCGUAUUUCCAAGUAUGAAUCAUGCAGGACAUUUUUCAAUGUUGGGAUUGGGAGAUAUAGUGAUGCCUGGCUUGUUAUUAUGUUUCGUAUUGCGUUAUGACGCUUAUAAAAAAUCGCAGUUGAACCAUUUGGGCGAAUUGGGAGUACCUCCUCCUAAACAUUUGAGUAAUAUCACAUACUUCCACUGUUCAUUAUUAGGAUAUUUUUUGGGUUUAGUUACUGCGACUGUUUCCAGUGAAGUUUUCAAAGCAGCACAACCUGCUUUAUUGUACUUGGUACCAUUUACAUUGUUGCCUCUUUUAACAAUGGCCUAUUUAAAAGGCGAUUUAAGAAGAAUGUGGAGUGAACCGUUUAUUUCGCAUCCGCCUAAUAAACAACUCGAAAUAUGA